AUGGAGGAGGCUGAGUCAGAGGAAGAGGAGCAUGAGCUCCCUAUGUACCAAGAGCACUACAAUGCUCUCUUCUCCAUGGACUUUGUGGAGACCAAGUACCCACAUGAUGACACAAUGAGGGCUCUUGGGAUCUUUGAGGAUGUGGAGUUAGUCCUCAAGAACAUGCGCUUGGGAAAAUUCUUCUCUCAUCGCAUGGAGUCAUACAAGGAGCUCACUUGUGACUUUUUGGCGUCGAUGAGGUUUCACAAGUAUGGUGAGCUCGAUCGAGCUGAGUUGGACCUGGGGAUGGAUAACAUUCUUGGCAAGAGGAGAAAGGAAGGAUUCUCCUCUUCAAGAUCCAAGGCUGCUCAGAUAAGGAGCCCUGUGCUAAGAUAUGUACACAAGGCCCUUGCCAACACCUUCUUUGCAAGGAAGGCCACUGGUACAAUCAAUGAGGGAGAAGUAAAAAUCCUUGACAUGGGGAUUAAGCCCAUCAUCUCACGCACAAAGGAUGGGAAGAAGAUCAGAGGAGAUAGGAUCCACGCAGAGAAUCUCAUGCCCCUCCUUGAGCAGCUACUCUCCUAG